AUGGGCAAGGUGUGGAUGAUGGACGUACAGAUGGACAGGCUGGCCCCGGCGUGCCAGGCGACCGUGAUGGAUGCCAACCGAGAGAGCGCUGUAGCCGGCAGUCAGGGUUUCUGGAGCUCGUCCCUCGCCGCGCUGACGGACGGCAUCAGACUCAUCGUCCACAAAUACGUGGUGAGGACCUACUGCGUGCCAGGCCCGGCCCGGAGCGAGGAAAGGCGGCAGCUGCCGCACAGGCCCCGGGAAGAAGACGCCCGUCUCCCUCUCCACGCCUUGACCGCAAAACGGCAGGAGGAGGAAGAGGAGGAAGCCACCUCCGAGAGCCCCACGGGGCACGGCACAGGGGAGAGGCCGCCCGUCCAGGGACAGACAACGCUCAGCCAAGCAGCCGGCACGGGGCAAACCCCACGGCCCUCCCCGUUCAUGUCAGGGACCUUGGACGCCCCCUUCCCCAGAGAGUGCUCCGUGCACCCCUCCCGCGAGAGCUGGCAGCGCCCCCAGCGGCCCCAGGACCGUGCGGGAGGCGCCGGGGUCGCCCCCCAGCCCUGGCUGCCUGCUGCCGCCCCCGCCGGAGGGGCCGUCAUCCGCCCGGCCCUGCCGCGGCUCCAGCGGCGCUCACGGGGCCGGCGGGGAGCGCAGGAGGCCAAGGCCCAGCGAAGUGAGGACCCCCAGCUCCUGCGGGCGACCCACCGCCCGGAGCGGACAGGACUCUGCAGGCCCCCCUGCAGAGGGCGGGUCACAGCGGUCCCACGGCGGACGGUACAGCUGUUAGCACUGGGCAACUCCGGAGAGAACGCCAGCGGCCCCCGCGCCUCGCGCAAGCCCUGGCCUCAGCCCGCGGCCGCCUCCCCGACAGCCCCGAGCCCCUGCGGGCCUGCCCCGCUCCCAGCCCCGCCGGCGCCCCCGCCUCACCCGUUCCGGCGCCCGCCGGGGUCGUCCCUGGAGCUCCUGGCCGGCAGAAGACGGACAAGUAAAAUCAAAGCCGGCCUCCGGAGGAAAGACCCCGCGACCCGGCCCCGCUCAGCGCGCCGCCUACCUGCUCCGGGCGCGGCGCUGGGGGCUCCAGCUGCGAAGGCCGGGGAAGCAGCUGCGGCGUCCGCGAAUCUCCCCGCACCACCCCCGCCCGUGCUCUCCGCGCGCGUCCCACCCCCGCCCCACAAAGUUAGGGCCAGGGCUGUGCCCGGCCACCCGGGCUGCGGCCUCCCUGGGGGGCGGCCAAAGCUCGGAAGAAGCAGCCGCCGCUCCCUCCGGGGCCUCUCCAACAACGCUCCGGAGACGGCCGGGGGCGCCCCGGAGACGGCCCCGCGCGCCGCUCCCCCGCGCACGCCCCGGCACUGCGUGGGAGCCCCUUCCUCCCAACAACUCCUUGGGGUCUUCAGCCCCUCCCUCCAGCGGCCCUCCCCUCAAAGAACCCCGCAGGGCGUCUUUGGCCUGGAUCCCUCGCGGGAAGCACGCGACACCACUGCGGGGUCCCGGCCCCCGCGCUGCCACCCGCGCGGGCUCCGGCCGCCUCCCGGGAUCUCCGCCCGCCUCGGCCUCCCCCGCCGGGAGUUCCCCGCGCCGGGCAUUGUGCCGCCGCCGCCGCCGCCACGGCCACGCAGCGCGCGGGACUCCCCGGCGUCUCCAAGGAGCCGGAUCCCGGGGCCUUCCCAUUCACAAGAUCGGACCCCGUCCCCGGAGGAGCUACGAGAACCCCGACCCCGCGAGGGGAUCCCUGACCCCGAGGGCGCCACCCCUCCCCGAGCGCCCUCGCCAGCCCCGCCUCCCGCCGCGGGGUCCCAGGCGCCCCUCCCCGGGCCGUGCCCCCACCCCCAACCCGCUCACGGCCGUGGUAAUGACCGCCGCAGGGCGAGGCGGGCGGCGCGGGCUGGGGUACUCACGGGCUCAGCGGUCCCCGCGGCAGGUGACGGGGGCCCGGCGGCCAUGCCCCGGCCGCCGAGCGGGCUGCGGCGUCCCGGGGCCGCACGGGCACCGGCGAGCCGGCGGCGAGGGGCGCGCGAGGCCGGGCUCGGGCGGCUGCGGCGGCCGCGUCUCCUCCGACCACGCGAGCUGCUGGGGCCCGGGCCGUGGCCGCUGUCCGAGGAGGCUCCGCCGGCUCCGGAGCAGCCCCCAGUUCUGUGUGUGCCGGUGAUGUUCGGGGAUGCUUGCCUGGCCGAGCCGUGA